AUGGCAGAAAUCAGCAAGACCGAGAAAGUGCAGCUGCUCGCUCCGGAUCUGGAAGAGCUGCGGGGUGUUUUACAGAAAGGGCUGGAAAACAACUUUGCAGAAGUUCAGGUGAAUGUCGUGGAGUGUCCCGAUCUCACCAAGGAACCCUUCCAGUUCCCUGUCAAAGGCCUGUGUGGAAGUCCUCGCAUUAGUGAUGUUGGAGGUGUACCAUACCUGGUUCCUCUGGUUCAGAAGCACAAGGAGUACGACAUGAACACCAUAUCCAAAGAGCUGGGCUUGCCGGGAGCCUUCAUCCUGGGGGCUGCAGCCGCCCCCUCCAGAGUUGUUGGAAUGAAUGCUGAGCUGAUGCCACUGGUCCUGACCGAGGCUGAGGGGAGGCCUGCGGUUAACAGCAGCUACUUUUCCUCCAUCAAUCCAGCCGAUGGCAAAUGUCUGCAAGAGAAAUACGGCGACAAAUUCUCCGACUGCAACUUCGGAUUGCUGGGGAACCUGUAUGCCUGUGAAGGGAAGUCUGGGAAGGUUAUCGAGGUACGGGCCAAGAAGAGAACAGGCAGCAACAGUUUGGUGACGGCCAUGAGGACGACCCUUGAGGCGCAUUACCCCGAUAAAAGCCUCGCUCUGGGAGGGAGCUUCAUCAUUCAGAAAGGGAAGGCUAAAAUUCACAUUAUGCCAAGAGAGUUCUCAGCCUGCCCCCUUAACUCCAACGAUGACGUCAACAACUGGCUGAAGCACUUUGAGGUCAGCGCUCCGCUCAUCUGCCAGUCAGUGCUUGUGUCCAGAGACCCUGGUCUGGACCUGCGUGUGGAGCACACCCACUGCUUCAGCCACCACGGAGAAGGUGGCCACUACUACAUCGACACCACCCCCGAUACGGUGGAGUACCUGGGCUACUUCCUUCCUGCAGAGUUUGUCUAUCGCAUCGACAGGCCCAAAGAGACACACGCAGUCGGACGAGACUGA